CACAGCGCGAGGCCAGGCGGGCUCGGCCGCGGGACCCGCCGGGACCUGCGGGACCUGCCGGGGUCCGGCGGCCGCUCGGGCCUGCCCGGGGGAAAGAUGUCGGUGGCGGGGCUGAAGAAGCAGUUUCACAAAGCCAGCCAGUUGUUCAGUGAAAAAAUAAGUGGAGCAGAAGGAACAAAGUUGGAUGAAGAAUUUCAAGAGAUGGAAAGGAAAAUUGAUGUUACCAAUAAAGCUGUAGCGGAGCUUCUGUCCAAAUCCACAGAGUAUCUUCAGCCAAAUCCAGCAUACAGAGCCAAGCUGGGAAUGCUGAACACUAUGUCAAAGAUCAGAGGACAAGUUAAAACCACAGGCUAUCCCCAGACAGAGGGACUCCUGGGAGACUGCAUGAUACGGUAUGGCAGAGAGCUUGGCGAUGAUUCUAUGUUUGGCCUUGCACUACUGGAUGCUGGUGAGAGUAUGAAGCAAAUGGCAGAGGUGAAGGACUCGCUUGAUAUUAAUGUCAAACAAAAUUUUAUUGAUCCUCUACAGUUAUUGCAGGAUAAAGAUUUAAAAGAGAUUGGGCAUCAUCUGAAGAAACUAGAAGGACGCCGUUUGGAUUAUGAUUAUAAAAAGAAGCGUCUUGGAAAGAUACCAGAUGAAGAAGUUAAACAAGCAGUAGAAAAAUUUGAAGAGUCAAAGGAACUGGCUGAAAGAAGCAUGUUCAAUUUCUUAGAAAAUGAUGUCGAACAAGUUAGCCAGUUGGCUGUGUUUGUAGAAGCAGCGCUAGAUUAUCAUAAACAAUCCACAGAAAUUUUGGAGGAUCUGCAGAGCAAGCUGCAAAACCGAAUAAAUGUAGCAUCUAGUCGGCCUAAACGUGAAUUUAAGCCAAAGCCUGUAAUAACAACAACUCUGGAAGUUGGUGAUAAUCAGCAGCACAAUGGGAUUGCCUACAGUUCUUCCAUAAAAUCAUCGGGUUCUUCAAUGCAGAUGGAUCAGCCUUGCUGCCAAGCUCUCUAUGACUUUGAGCCAGAAAAUGAAGGCGAGCUUGGGUUCAAGGAAGGGGACGUCAUAACUUUGACCAAUCAGAUUGAUGAGAAUUGGUAUGAGGGGAUGUUAAAGGGAGAGUCUGGCUUCUUCCCCAUUAAUUAUGUUGAAGUGAUGGUUCCCUUGCCUCAGUGAUUGUCAUUCAAGCUGUGAACACAAUUUCAUGACUGAAGUGGAUUCACAAAUGUUCUGUCAGUGUGGCAUUCUGUGAAAGCCUUGCUAUUAGACUGACUUACUGACUUUUGUAUGCAUCUUUUGAAAAUGUAUUUAUUUUAUAUUCAAAACAAUUUUACCUUCUCUGAGUCCAUCAACCUGCAAAAAAACCCAUACCCAGUUUUUUUGCUUUGUGCCUUGAAGAUCACUGUAUGAAGUGUUUACUGGUAGCUCACUGUUGCUCCAAAAAUGCAUUUCCUUGCUCUUAUUGUACAUGGAUUUUUUUUUUUAAUCUUUGGCUGCAAUGAUUUUACUAUUGAAAACCAUUUCUAAAUACUGUCAGUGAAGCUAACUGUAACCAGUUCCUGAUUUACUGAUGUCAUUGAGCUCUUUUCAUCUAUCACACUGUAAUUUAUUGUGAGCAAGUUAAUCCGUGGUUCAUAUGGUAUGUUGACAAAAGGCAAAGUAGUUGUUGUCAAUAUUAUGAUGUUGUACUAAGUACAAGUUCUCAGCAUUGAAAAUUCCUAUAGUUUACUGACCAAACUGAAUAAAUAUUUGUGGGACAAGA